GACUUUAACUGCGUCUGGUGUUGCUCCUCCUGCCCCGCCCUCAGCAGGAACCGGAGCCCCUGCUUGCUUUGAGACUCCAGACUUCAGAUUCAUCCUAGCCAAAGCUGAGGAGCUGAAGACCAGAGCCCAGAAACUGAGCUGGGACAAUCCUCCUGUGGUCCUCUAACCAGUGCCUGUGAGCCACCAAGAGUGAAGAGAGACUAGAAGCAUUGCCAACAGCGACUGGAGCAGUGACCACACUGGAGUUCCUCUGGCGAGGGGGAAGGGGAGGAAAGAGAAAAACAAAGGCGAGUGAGUGAGCAAGCGAGCAAGCGCACUCUUGUGGAGGCUUACAACACCCUCUCUGUGUGUAUCCACAAUGUGUCAGUCAGAGAAGCCGCACGGACCAGAGCUCCAAGCAGCAGCGAAAUGGUUGCACUUCCCCCAGCUGGCCCUGCGGCGGAGGCUAGGCCAGCUUAGCUGCAUGUCCAGACCUGCUCUGAAACUGCGCUCCUGGCCCCUGACCAUCCUCUACUACCUCCUGCCCUUCGGUGCCCUCAGGCCCCUCAGCCGGGUGGGAUGGAGGCCUGUGAGCAGGGUGGCCCUGUACAAGUCGGUGCCAACGCGUUUGCUGUCACGUGCCUGGGGUCGCCUGAACCAGGUGGAACUUCCUUACUGGCUGCGGAGGCCAGUCUACAGCCUGUAUAUCUGGACCUUUGGGGUAAACAUGACAGAGGCUGCUGUGGAGGAUCUGCACCACUACCGAAACCUCAGCGAGUUCUUCCGACGCAAGCUGAAGCCUCAGGCACGGCCUGUCUGUGGCUUGCACAGUGUGAUCAGCCCAUCAGAUGGCAAGAUCCUCACCUUUGGGCAGGUGAAGAAUUGUGAGGUGGAGCAAGUAAAAGGCGUAACCUACUCCCUGGAGUCAUUCCUGGGUCCUCGAACCUAUACAGAGGAUCUGUCCUUCCCUCCAGCCUCCUCCCGUGACUCCUUCAGGAACCAGCUGGUCACUCGGGAAGGGAAUGAGCUCUACCACUGUGUCAUCUACCUGGCCCCCGGAGACUAUCACUGCUUCCACUCCCCUACUGACUGGACUGUCUCACAUCGGCGCCACUUCCCAGGUUCCUUGAUGUCAGUGAACCCUGGCAUGGCCCGAUGGAUCAAAGAGCUCUUCUGUCACAAUGAGCGUGUGGUGCUGAGUGGGGACUGGAAACACGGGUUCUUCUCAUUGACGGCAGUGGGCGCCACUAACGUGGGCUCCAUCCGCAUCUACUUUGAUCAAGACCUGCACACAAACAGUCCCAGAUACAGCAAGGGUUCCUACAAUGACUUGAGCUUUGUAACACAUGCCAACAAGGAGGGCAUUCCCAUGCGCAAGGGCGAGCACCUGGGUGAAUUCAACUUGGGCUCUACUAUUGUGCUCAUCUUUGAGGCCCCUAAGGACUUCAACUUCAGGCUGAAGGCAGGGCAAAAGAUCCGCUUUGGGGAAGCGCUGGGCUCUCUCUAGUCGUCUUGGUUGUGGCUGCCAAGGGAUCUUUCCACGCAGAAGCAUGAGAGUCUUCAGAGACACUCCUGACUGUCCUGGUGAGAGGACUGUGGGACUGGCCAAGUAGGACCUGAAUGAUUUGUUCCCGCCUGCCCAGAGGUGCAGAGAGAGGUUUUGGAUUUGUCAGGACCUAGUGGGUAUGAUUUGACCCUACAUCUCCUGGCUGAGCAUUGUGAGAACAGUUAUGCACUACCACACCCUCUAGUUGCUCUCCCCAGCUGUCUCAGGGCCUUUUUCUGUCAGCCCUUCUGUUCUUUCUGCCUUAGCAUCUCUGUCUCCCCUCACUGUGCACAGGACGAGGUGCUUCCUUGGCACAGACCUCUUAGAGGAGGCCCCAUGGCCUUCACAACUGCUUUCUGUUCCCAGUUCAACCCUCUGCUUGCUGGAAAAGUAAAAUCAUUUAUGUUGUUGAAUGUGUUGACCUAGAUUCUGCCAGUGUCUUCUGAGGUCUGACCUUCCAAGGCUGGCUGAGCCCUUUUUGCUAGGGCAAGACCAAUCACUGACUUGCCUGGUAGUGUCCGGAGUGGAGGCCCAGCCCUGCAGGAAGUGUAGGAGACAUGCUGCUAUUGGUCUAGGGGCUGUGUUGGAGGCAGAGGGUGUGGUGGUCAGUACUUAGAAAACCUGUUCCAAGUGACUGCGGGUAUUCAGGCCAUUAGGAUCCCAGUAAUAGGGACAAGGCCAGAUUUCAUGUUGAUCUUGGGGAUGCCAUGGAUUUCUCCUGCAGGAGAAAUUAUUGAACUUUGAUUUCAACUGUAUCAGUAGUACAGUAUUUUGUAUGAAAAGUAGGAGUCUUCUGAACAGUAAUUCAUUUCAUUGCAAGACAUUUUGAAAUAAAAAAGACAAAACACCA